UUAUGUUUCGAACGGAAUAUAUUUUUAUAUUAAUUCUCACACUAUUCACAAAUAAUAGUAUUGUUGCUCAAAAUGAUUCCAAAAUUUAUAAAAUGUGUGUACCAAAAACAUAUUAUCAAAAUUGCUUAAGUAUACUCGAAGAUUCUAUGAUUCAAGGGAUUAAAAUCGAAUGUAUUGGAGGUAGAGAUCGUUUCAAUUGUUUAGAAUUAAUACAACAGGGUGAAGCUGAUGUUAUGUCAGUUGAUAUAGAAGAUAUUUAUAUGGCAUAUCAAAUCGGUAAUCAAGACUUUAAGCUUAUUGCUGAAUUUCGAACAAAAGAUAAAAAGAAAUCUGAAUUUCAUUAUGAAGCUGUGGCAUUAAUAAAGAAAACGUCCAAAAUUAAGAAGUUAAAUGAUCUGAAGGGACUAAAAUCAUGUCAUGCUGGAUUUCAUAGGAAUGUCGGAUAUAGGAUUCCACUUAUGAAAUUGGUACGCCACGGUUUGGUUAAUUUUUCAAGGAAUUCAACAGUUACAGCAAUCGACAGAGAAUUAAAAGCUUUAUCAGAAUUCUUUCCCCAAUCUUGUCUUACUAGUACAUGGUAUUCACAAUGUUUAGAUAUUGAAAAAUAUUUACGGAGAAAAUAUACAAAUUUAUGUGCUAUUUGUGAAAAUCCAAAACUAUGCAAAAACAAUGAUCUUUAUUCAGGUUAUGAUGGUGCUAUUCAUUGCUUGGAUAAAGGUGACGGUGAAAUUGCGUUUACUAAAACGUCUUCAGUGAAAAAAUAUUUUGGUUUAACAAAAAAUGAUGCUGAUUGCGCUGAAAAUGAUCACCCCGAAGAGUUUCAAUUCCUUUGUGAAGAUGGAAGUCGUAAACCAAUUACAAGUCAUGGUUGUUCAUGGGUUAAAAUUCCUUGGAAAGGUUAUAUAGCAAAUGGAAAAGCUGUUCGGAGUAAACAAUCGCUAGAGAAUUUAUUGCAUUAUUUAGAAAUAUUUUUUCAAAAUGGUAUAAAAAAAGAUCAUGAAGAUAUUGCAGAAGAUCUUUUGAUCGAAUCAAAUUUAUUUUUACAUAAGAAAAAUGCUACCAUUAAACCGAAAGAAUAUUUAAAAAAAUCUGGAUACAAAGAAGUUAUUGAGUGGGAUGGAGCAUUUCAAUAUAAAAUAAGGUUAUGUAUCGAAACAGAAAUUGAGUUAGAUAAAUGCAAAACACUAUCAAUAGCUGCAUUUUCAAGAGGUAUUCGGCCACAAAUUGAAUGCUAUCUUUCAUUAGAGAAAAAUUGUGGAAAAGAUGUGGAAAUAAAUGGGAAAGCGGAUGUUUUUAUAGUAGCUGGAAAUAAAGCUAAAGAUUUUCGAAGGGAAUAUCCUAAUUUAUCACCACUACUUUUUGAACUUUUUAAUUUUGAAGAUUUAUAUGUUGCUGUUAUUGAUCCAAAAUUAUCAGCAGAAGAAAUCAAAACACUUCCAAUAAAGUUUGAUAAAUCAAAAAAAAGAUCAAGGCAAGCUGCUACUUUAUUGAGUUAUAUGCGUGGAGAAAGGCCACACUGUACAAGUCUUUACGAAAAUACAACCGAAGACCGAAUACAAAUUGUUCACACGAAAGACCUUAAUAAUCAUAAAGGUAAAAUGCUAUUAUGCAUGGAACAACACAAAAUGGAAAUUGAUGAUUAUCAAAGUUGUAUGAUGGAAGUAUUGUUACCAAAUUUUGCAUAUACAAAAAAGAACAUAACUAAUAGUGAAUUAAAAGAAUAUACACAAGUUUUUUCUUUAAUACAAAAAUAUUUUGGACAAUAUGGAAAAUAUUCAGACGUUUUCGAUUUAUUUUCGGAAUUUAAAGGCAAUGAAGAUGUAAUUUUUCAUGAUAACGCAUCGGGUUAUAUUGACCCUGUAAAUAACUUUAAAGGUUAUUUUUCUACAAUUGUUUUACAAUAUUUGUAUGAAGAAGCAUUGAAUUGUUGAAGUUAAUUAAUAUAUAUUUCA